AAGGCCGGAUUUGAACUCUAGUCCUCAGAGGCUGAUGUACAAACGAGUCGUCCACCGUGCUGCCUAGUUUUAACAUAUGUGAAAAUGUUUAUUUUUUAUCAACUACAAACUCCACCUUUAAGUAGAGAAUGUGAGCAGCCUACUUCUGCCACAUUUGAAUUUUCUACAUGACUUUUACUGCAGCAUAGAGUGUGAGUACUUUUGCCACCUUUGAAUUCAUUUCUACAUGAGUGUGAGUACUUCAGCCGCAUGGGGGCUAGGGAAAGAGGCAGCGGGUACCGGGGUGUACAAAAGAGGCAGGCCGGGUAGGGAAGGUGCACGCGCGGCGUGGAUGUUUACUCGGCGUCGGCGGCGCGGACGUCAGAGCGAGCGAUCCCAGCGUGCACCGCGAGGCCGUUGAGAGCUCCAGCAGCUGCUAGUGAGUCUCGCCAGUCGCCACAGCGCCGAGCAAGGCGACAGAGAAAUAUGCUGCGCGGACGCCUGGCGAGUCACCGCGUCGGCGUUUGAGUCACGAUUGUCUGUCGGUUUCCAUUUUGGAGGAUUCCUUCCUCCAUCCUCCGGGCAAUGACAACGGUCUCGGCAACCCCGCAGCAGAUGAGGGACCGGCUGCUGCAGGCCAUCGACAGUCAGAGCAAUAUAUGCAAUAUGGUGGUUGUACUUGAGGUGAUUACCUGUCUUGAGAAGUAUCCUAUCACCAAAGAAGCACUUGAGGAAACCCGACUUGGAAAGCUGAUCAACGAUGUACGGAAGAAGACCAAGGAUGAAGACCUUGCCAAGCGGGCCAAGAAGCUCUUGCGAAACUGGCAAAAGCUGAUCGAACCCGGCCCUGUGGUCACAGUGAGCGCUCCCAGUUCCACCAAUGGCAGCUCUCACCCAUGCAGGACGGAAGCCUCGCUGCCCGACAUCUCUUUAUUGGCAAAGGGAGUCGCUGAAGUCAAAGUCAGAAAUGACGUUCACAACACGUACUCGCCAAAGGCUGAAAAGUCAAGCAGCCGCAAGCGCCGGGGAGAGCACAGAGACAGUGGAGUGCACUUACCAGAAAAAAUCUCAAAGUUGACUUCGUACGAUAACUCUGUUUCACCACCGCCCACCAAUGGAAUCGCCGGCAGCCCCGACACACUGCUCGACCAGGACAUCGUCCCGUCUCCCGACCGAUCUCGGAUAGAGCACCUUGACAAUGAUAAAAUCAACAGAAUCCCCGUAAAUGCUGUCAAGCCUCGGCCCAGCUCCCCCGGAGUGGCCAAACUCCCUAGCACUUCAUCUUUAAUCAAGGUUGCUGUUAUGCAGCAGCAGGCGAGAAUGGAAGAUGGGGGCGGCGGGGGUGUAGGAGGAGGGCAUUAUCAGGCCAGAAGUCCCCGUGGCCUUUCCACCAGUCCAAGGAGCACAAAACAAGACUCCACGACCAAGCGCUCUGCGGCAUAUGCACAAAUGCUAACGUCUGUCCCCAGCCCGUCGUCCAGGGAUUCGCCUUUGCCCCAGCCUGCGUCCCCCCCGGCUCAAAGCUCUCACUCUUCCUACAGGUCCUCAAUGCACUGGGACACCUCACCAGAGGUCCCUUCUCAUUGCCCUCCACAAGACUUAUCCACAACACUGGAAUCCCCCUCUGUCUCGCCCACGCCCCCUCCACGCCCGCAACACAACUCAGAACUCCACAGGCCCACGUCCGAAGCGACCACCACCGUGUGGGACGACACGGACGGCUCGCUGACUUCCGCCUCGGAGUAUAAGAGGAGGAAGUACCGCUCUAGAGACUACUCUGUCAACUUAGAUGGCCAGAAAAUAGAGGACACCACUAAGCCAGUACGGUUAAAAGAACGUAGGCUAACGUUUGACCCCGUCACACGUCAAAUUAAGCCCCUAAUCCACAAAGAACCACAGUCCGAGGAACCCCCCACUCCCGAGCCCGUCGAGCCCAGGCAGAGAACUGAAGUCGCUGUACCAGACACUGUGCCGGGGACCAACCCUAAUCCUUUUCACCAGACAAACUGGAAGGAGCUGUCCAGAAAUGAAAUCAUCCAGUCCUACUUGAACCUUCAGAGUAACGUGCUCACCUCGUCUGGGGUCCAGGCCCCGAGCGCACACUUUUUCAUGUCCCAGUAUCUGAAAAGGGAAGAACAGGAAGUGAAAGAGUUGAGUCAAAUGCACGUUUUACAGGCGGACAGUGCAACAGCGGAUCUACCAGGCAUGAGUCGGGACAUCAGCGAUGAGGACCUGGACAGGAUACACAACCAGCACUGGCCCGGGGUCAAUGGGUGUUUGGACACUAAGGACACCUGGUAUGACUGGACAGAGUGCAUAUCGUUGGACCCUCACGGGGAUGAAAGCAAGCUGAAUAUCCUGCCGUACGUUUGCCUCGACUGAGGGCUCGUUUUCAACUCCUUUUUUUUUUUUUUUUUUUUUGGUCUGUGUUCCCCAUACAAACGAGAUCAUUUUGGAUUUAGUUUUGCAAAAGCCAGGCCUGCUAAACUCCCUCAUCCCUCCCGUGCCGCCGCCUCUUUCUGUGAUUUGAGAUUUUGGUACAAAACAAGAUGAGAAAUUAAAAAAAAAAUUUGAGUUUGUGAUACCAAGGGCUGCUUUUGUUUUCAUUUUUCAAGCUGAAAGCCACAGGAAGGAUGGAGGCCACCCCAAGUUGCAGAGUGCUGCUACUAGCUCACAAGAAAAGAGGGCAGAAUGAGCCCUGCUAGCAGGAAAUGUCACCAAUAUUGUAGGCUCACAGGGUUAAUACUGCUCUUUUUUUCUUAUCUUUUUGAUUUCUGCGAUCUGUGGUCCUCAAUAGGAGGGUGGGCUGGUGUUUAGCUAUCCUGUUCAGGCCGCCAUACCGGUGUUCAUCUCCAAGUAUAUGAACAUAUCUCUAGUCUGAAAUACUGGCGGUUACGAGAAGCUUUAUGUGAAUUAUAAAAAGAGUAAAUUAUAAAUUUCGUCAUGUACACAUCUAUUUAUUUUGGCUAGUACAUUUUACAGGAAUUCCAUUGUGAUGUUCAUAAACAUACUGCUUUUUCUUCUGUACCUUGUUGCAGCAGUGUUUUCAAUCGCAUCUUUUAAGUUUGAAGUUGUUUUUUCCCCCCUCUCUUAUGCAUCAGUCUUCUUGAUUGGCCAUCAGUUCAUUUGGGCUUAACAUUCCAUAGUCCCUUUGGCUUAGUGCACCGUCUUCAACUCAGAAAUAAACGUGUUCUGGAAGAUUUGCUUCCAAGGUUUCAAAUUGUGCCUAAAUUUUUCAAAAACUAUAAAUACAUAAAGUCUAAAUUGGAAGGUAAAUCUUAAAUUACACACAGUACUGUUUGCUGCAGUACACAUUAUUGCUCCAAAUUUAGGUAUAGUGGUGCCUUGAGAUACGGGUGACUUGACUGAGUUUUUCGAAAUAUGAGCAGUCGUUCUGAUUAUUAUAUAUAUAUUUUUUGCAUUGAGUUGUGAGCACAAACUUGAGAUAGGAACGCUGUAUAGUGGCAGUGAACUCUCUUCGCAACAAGCAGCAGUUUCGCAGAUAGAAUUAUAAGCAGUUCUUCAAAAAAGGGUUCAAGCUGUUUAUUGACACUGUUGAAGUUUAUGGUCUUGCUAAACAAAAUGAAGAGCAUUACGUGAGUAUUUAAAACAACCACAGUGUAACCUUUAAGUCUGCUGGCUUAAUGCUGACACAAAGGGAAAUGCCAUGGAAGUGCUAAUGAGUGUCUACAUGGUUGUGUUGUCACUCUUUAAGGAUCUAAUAUUUGAAUACAUACGGAGCAACAUGUGGACAUAUAAUACUCAACGGCAUUCUUUAUCCUCUGAAAAACGACUUACUGCUAAGGAGUUGUGACGACAUCUGUCUCCAUGUACAGUAUAUCUGUAAGUCUAUUAUUCUGCCCCCAGGUGGCCAUGGUGUGCACAGCAGGAGGGGGAUAAUGACGAUUGAAGCAGUGUGACAAAACCGGUUUAAUUCUUCAUUUGCUGUUAUUGCAUGUUUUUAUUAAGUACAAUAUUACAGAGUUCUAAUUUUCCUCAUUAAAAUACACCACAUUUUGUUGUUUUGAGAAAGCUGUAACAGAUUAAGGGCAUUUCCAUUCAUUUCGAUGGGGAACGAUGAUUUGAGAUGGCCGUUUUGAGUCACUGAACGGAUUAAACUAUCUCAAGGCACCACUGUAUUGGCUUGUAUGGAUCUCAUUCCAGUCGUCGUCGCCCCCACACUUAAAUCAAUACAUGUAGAAACAGAUUAUAUCUUUAGCUCAGUUUAGUAUCAUUUCGUUCACGUCAAUAGUCAAGCCAAGCAAAAUGGAGACUAGUGAGAGAGCCCAGUGUCACAUCAUGUUUGUGUGAAUACUUAAUUUUGCGUUCCCUUUACACGCAUCCUUCAACAUCCUAUGAGAUGUCAAAUUGGCUAGUGCACUCGCUCAUUAUUCCCUACCAACGUGCCUUUGGUAAAUUGUAAAUCUGGAUUUGCUUCCGUGUGUGAGGCACCGUCCUCGUAGCCGGAUAGUUUGUCAAGAGAGCUCCAAAAUCCGUGAUCAUUAUGAAGCUGGCAAAUGCAUUGUUUCCUGUCUUCUUUUUUUUCUUUUUUUUUGUACACAAAUAUUUUUUGGUGAGGUGUGCCAAGUACAAGUGGCAGAAGAAAGUGCACAACACAGCUGGCAAUAAAAGUGCUACAACUGGUUGAUAAUGUUUUCUGGAGUUUUGACUGGGGCGUUUUUGUUCAGUGUUUAACAUCUCUCAAUUCUUUGACAAAUAAAAUGAUCCAAUUCUU